AUGGCGGCAAUGGGAAGCUGGCAGCAAGCGCUGGCUACUUUGGAAAGCUUGUCCACGAGGUCGAUCCUCCCAGAUCAGAUUUGCUAUAGCGCCGCCGUGGCUGCGUGUGCAGGAGCAGGGCGCUGGAUGGAGGGCCUCGCGCUCUUGCAAGGCAUGCAGCAGGAUCGUGUGGAGGCCAAUGAAAGGACUUUUGGAGCUGCAAUUAGUGGAUGUGAAAAGGCCCGGCAAUGGCCGACAGCCCUGGCCUUGCUGGCAGAAGCGCAAAGCCGGCGCAGCGCCAAUAGUUAUUGCUACAACUCGGCCAUAAGUGCCUGUGAGAAAGGUGGGCAAUGGAUCACCGCUUUGCAUUUGCUGAGCCGCAUGUGGCUUCUCACUUUGCAACCCGAUGCUUUCUCUUUCAGCAGUGCUGCCUCAGCCUGUGAGAAGGGAGGUGCUUGGGGUGCAGCCCUUCAACUUCACACAAGAAUGCAAGAAGAAGGAGUGCAGAGGAAUGUCAUCAGUUUCGGGAGCCUUUUGGCCGCCUGUGUGGCGGGACAUCGAUGGGGCCAGGCGAUUCACGCUCUUUCCACGAUGAGUGGCAGCCGAGUGACGCCCAACAUUGUAAGCUAUAGCGCAGCCAUGAAUGCCUGCGAACGAGGAGCCCGAGGAGACCUUGCCAUGUCACUUCUGAAAGAGGCGCAACACACCUUGGUGCCAGACUCGGCGUUGUUCGGGGUUGCAGUGUCGGCUUGCAGGCGUGGCAGCGACUGGCAAACUGCCUUGCAUCUCUCCGAGCUUUGCCCGGAGGUGGCAACUGGAAUAUUCACAUUGCAGGCAUGCGAGCAGGGCGGAAAUGCCUUCGCUACUGUCCGUUUUGCUGCAGCACUACGAGAACGUGUGACAGCACCAAGCGCAGAGCUUUACCAAGCCUUUAGUGCACUGGAUGAGCUUCAAGAGCAUGCUCUCCUCAACAUUCCCACGGUACAAGUGCUCGAGCAUCGUUCCCGUCCGGCGAUGCAACGACUUCAUACGUUAGCAGGAAGCAUCAAGUCAAGAGGUCCAACCUGGCGCUUGCAUGAGCCUAUUUUGGAGGAGCAGCCAAGCUUAGGUUGGGUCUUCACUGUUGAGGCCUUGAAUCAGCUGAAGCUCCUGGGUCCUGCCACUGGCGCGCGCCUCCACGCACGACGAGAAUUGUGCAACAAGGGCAUCCCGGAGGAGGUCGGAAGUCAAGCCAUUGUGGCGUGGCUGGCUUACCAGGUGAAUGCAUCAGGCGCGGGCCAUCGCUGCAGCUUGAACAGGUGUGUGGCCUUUGGCGCUGGAUGGGGACGAGACAAUGAGCCAUUUGCUGACGGCAUGAACCCAGAGCAAUGUUUGGUGCCAAUACUUCGUGAGCAUGAUAGGUCACAGCAUGCAGAGCGGAAGGCGCUUCUGGCUGUUGCUGGAGCCUUGGGCAAGGACACAAAUGUAUGCGGAUCAGUGCGACUCUAUGCUAGCCACACCCUUUGCAUCUCAUGCCUUGCUGUUUGCUGCCAGUUUCGUGGCUUAUGCACUUCAGUGGCUCACUGCAUGCAAAAGACAGGAGUCAGGAGAGUCAGGAGAUCUCGGAAGCAUUGGAGUUUCAGCCAAGGACUGGAUCUUGUAGCAGACUGCCGCCGUGUUUUUUCUGCCCACUCGCUUGAGAGGGAGGAGUCUGAAAGCGUGGGAGCGACGUAUUGGCUUUCAACAGGAGCGACUCCAGCCUGUGCUUUGGAGCAGCUUGUUCUGGAGAUUUGUGAUUGGCAUAAGGACCGACUAGGAUUGUCUAACACAUCUGGCGCUGAGUGGUGGACCUUGUGGAUGGAUGGUGAAGAAGAUGAUGUCGGCUGGCACUGGGAUGCGGACUAUGAGUCUCGCCAGCGAGGCGAAACAAAGCAUCCGUCCUUGGGCACGGUGACAUAUUUGGAGGCCGGGGGCAGCGUAGCACCCACUGCGAUACUUGAAGGUUGUCACGAGCCAGCCAUUAUGGCCGGCAUGGGUUCCAUCGUGCACGUGGCCCAUUUGAGCUUGCCUGUUCGUGGGAAGCACAUUUGCUUUGAUGGGACUUUGCUGCAUGCGGCCCCGGUUGAGCUUCGGGAUGCCUUCAACUUCAGCUUCAACGCUUCCGAUAAGCUGACAGGCAAGAAGAGGUCGACUCGAACCACCUUGCUGGUAAACAUUUGGUGUGGCCAUGUUCCCAGAGAUCCUCAACGUCUACCAGCAGAAAUGGCUUCAAAACUAAGCCCGGUCACAGUGACAUCAUCCUUUGGUUUGGGGUCCUCCAAAGUGUCUCCAUCUGUGGAAGUAGUAGUUGGUCGUGGUGUUCGGGCUCAGGAAAUGUCUUGGUCAUUCGGAGAGUUAGACAACUUCUCUGUAGCUUUGUCCAUCCCGGAUACUCCCACAAAAGCCGACAACUUAACUUUGCGUUUCACUGACGGCCGCUGUGGAUGUGUCGGAUAG